GUCCGAUCCCUGCUCGACUUGCAAAUUGCCACUCUCUGCUUUUGGCGCCAUUUCCUUAAAACCCUUGACGUUUUGUUGGAAAGAAGAAGAGAUUAACCCCGUUCCAAAUUCCUCAUGGCGGAGGCGACCAUGGAGAUCGACGUCGAUGCUCCACCGUCGAGACCCAAUAAGGGCAAGUCCCCCUCUGCUUCUGUCGUCAACGGUGUCAAAUCCGGUCCGUGGGUGGAGAAGUAUCGUCCUCAAUCCUUGGCCGAUGUCGCUGCUCACCGUGACAUUGUUGAUACCAUCGAUCGACUGACGAACGAGAACAAGUUGCCGCAUCUUCUUCUGUACGGGCCACCUGGGACGGGGAAGACGUCAACGAUCCUGGCGCUGGCGCGGAAGCUCUACGGGGGGCAAUAUCAGAAUAUGAUUCUAGAGUUAAAUGCAUCUGAUGAUAGGGGAAUUGAUGUCGUGCGCCAGCAAAUUAAGGAUUUUGCUGGUGCGAGGAGCCUUUCCUUUGGUGUAAAAUUUUCUGUAAAACUGGUGCUGCUGGAUGAAGCAGAUGCCAUGACGAAGGAUGCACAGUUUGCAUUGCGUAGAGUGAUUGAAAAACACACGAAGAGCACCAGGUUUGCACUUAUCUGCAACCAUGUCAAUAAAAUCAUCCCAGCAUUGCAGUCAAGAUGCACUCGAUUUCGGUUUGCUCCACUUGAUGCUGCACAUAUUAAAGAACGACUUCAAUAUGUAGUGGCUGCUGAGGGGCUUGACGUCGAUGAGAGUGGCUUUGCAGCUUUAGUGCGAUUGAGCAAUGGUGACAUGAGAAAGGCUCUGAACAUUUUGCAGUCAACGCAAAUGGCUUAUCAACGUGUAACAGAAGAAGCUGUUUACCUAUGUACUGGAAAUCCAAUGCCCAAAGACAUCGAGCAGAUUGCCUAUUGGCUCUUGAAUGAACCAUUCACAGCCAGCUUUAGAUAUAUAUCUGAUAUCAAAAUGAGAAAAGGGCUUGCCUUGGUAGACAUUAUUAGAGAGGUUACUAUGUUUGUUUUCAAGAUCCAUAUGUCCUCAGAUAUUCGAAUCAAGCUCAUCAAUGACUUGGCUGAUAUUGAGUACAGGUUGAGCUUUGGAUGCAAUGACAAACUACAACUAGGGGCGCUUAUCUCCACUUUCACAAAUGCACGCUGUGCCCUUGUUGCUGCAGCCAACUGAUCUCUCUGUAUCUUUCAAUGAGUCUUAGGAAAGCCAUUAACUCUUUGUCCGAUUGAAACACAAUUCUAUCUUAUUAUAAUAUUAUCUGAGAGCAUUAUUUGCUUAUGCAGGUCCUUUUUAUUUAAGGUUGUUAGUGUGUGGCCAGUCAUUCUGAAAUUCUUCAGGGAAAACUCAUAGAAGAUGCCUAAUUAUUUCUUGUUCAGGACUUCAGGUACUGUUGAAAAUUAUGUAGGUUAGUGACAACCCGCUUAUUUCAGAGAAAUGAUAACUGGAUUUCAGUUAGCUGGAUCGUAAUAUCUUAUUAAAAUAUCAUGUGAAAGCAUUGGUCAAAAGGUUUUUGAAGCUUCAAUGCCUUUUCUAAGGACUAUAAGCUUGGGGCUUAUAAGCUGCAAGUUUAAACAGUUAGCAUCUGUUAUGUGUUGUGCAAAUUUAAUAACAAUUUUGGAUAACA